AUGAGUGGUCAGAAGGGCCCAGCUUCAACAAAGCUUCGUCCUGGAGGUGCAAUGCCUCGGCCAGCAUCAUCCAUUUACACCACCAGGACUGAUGCUGCCAAUUCAAGGAGCACAAAUUGUCUUACUUCAAAGCAUAAAAGCAAAAGAAACCCUAAUACUAUGUCUUUUAUCAGUCAAGUACAAAAUAGCCAAAGAAGUUCGCUUUAUAACCAAGCCAGCUCGAGGCAGCAGCAGCAACAAUCACUCUUCCAAUCGUCGCCAGAUGCCCCACCAUUACCAAAAUUCCCACACAUUUCACAAAAACCUACAGAUAUUUCUCAAAAAAUUGAGUCAUUUAAAAGCAUUGCACGAACAGCAAGUGAUAAAAUUUAUAAUGGAGAUAGGAUAAUAGUCCAUGAUGUGGAGGACACCAUGAGUGAGAUAAAUUUGGAGAAAAUACAAGAUUGCAGCAACACUAGUAUUGAAUUAGGCGGAAAAACCACACCGAUGUCAUCUUUUUCAGAUUUUACCAUAUCAGAUACUAUGACAACUCAAGAGAAAGAUUGGCUUCAAAGUUUGCUGGUAGCUAAUUUUUUCCAAAAUAUUCGCAGCACCCCGAUAUUUAUCAUAUAUUUAUGCAAAUCCAUCAUUUUCAAUUUACUUGCCUUUAUUUUAGUCAUAUAUCUCAAUACUUACAAUUUAAAAUAUGGAUUGAGUUUCAUCAAAAUUUUCACCAAAGAGGAAUUGAUAUUCACCACGGCCAGCUUAUGUUACGAACAUGCUUUCUUGAUUAUUGUAUCGCUCAUACCAAUAACGACCAAUAGUCACUUCUUUGGUUUAUGUGUAUUGAUAAUUAAUACAAUAUUAAACUUUAUGGAAUUAUUAUAUUUUGGGAACCAAGCAAACCGCAUGUUUAUGGAAGGAAAGAUUCAAAAUAUGGUUGGUGAGUUAAGUCUGUUGACAAUUUCUCCAAAUGAGGUCCUAUCAGCAUCAGUCCAAAAAUCGAGAGAAGAUACUCUUGAAUCAAUGCUAUAUGUCAAGCCGGUUUUAAUAUAUUAUGUGAUUUUGUGCACUUUGGGUAUAUCUCUCUUGUCCGAAUGGUUACUAUAUUACUUCUGGUUAAAUAGCACCAAGAUAUCGAAACUAAAUGGGAAGAAUAUGUUCCAACAUUCAACAACCCUUGAAAUCUUCAAAAGCGCUCAAAAAAUAUAUUUAGAAAAGGCUGCAGAAUUUCUAAAUACUUCUUGUUCUCCUCCAAUACUAUUAGUCAACCUAGUGUUCAACAAACACAAUGAAGCCUUUUUUUAUUUGUCUAUUUUGGGGUUGGUCUUUGUUGUUUUUCAGCAAAGUUUUUCCUUUCUUGCAAAUGACAUGCUAAGAGAGAAGUUUCAAUUUUUACCACUUGCUAAAAUUUUUAUGUUGAUAUUCAACUGUUUUCUCAUGAUUCAGUCGUUGUCAAGAAUGAUGGUUUCCAGUAACCAAACUGCUUGUGCCAUUGGCUCUUUUGCAAUAUCUCCUAUAUAUUUUGCGUCAGCAAUUUAUAUCUUUCAUUGCAUUGGAAGUAUAAAAAAUUCUACCGAACUAUACGACCAAAUUGAUCUCAAGCAAUUAACCACUUAUAUUAAGUGGUACAAAAAUAGAUUAGUCUGCUUUUCCUUGGGUUUUAUCUUUGUUUUCAAUGUGAUCCAUAUUGGCAUAUAUGCCAAAUUCCAACUAAACUACCAAUGGUUUAUAGUUCUUUGCUGUUUGAAUAUGUUCUUGCUACCAAUCUUAAUCGUGAGCCUUGAUAUUGAUGCCAGCAACUUCAACAACUAUGUUGCAAUUGUUAUUUUAAUGUUCAUGCAGUUUGUCUUCUUGAUAUUCGAUUAUGUUUCAAUUUUCUUCAACCUCAAUUCUUCUAACGCAGCCAUAUUGUCAGAAAUUGGUCAAUCUAUGGCAUUGAUAAUUUAUACCUUCAGUUUUGUUGUGCUUUGUUACCUUUUCCUCAAGUUAAAAAAAUGCCACACCAUGUUCCAUGAAUUCUUGAGCAGGUAUCCAGCCAGUACUCAUGGAGGAGAUCUGAGUGACAAUGCUUCGAUAGAUAUUACUUUUUGUGAACUGUCAAAUCAUAGCAAAUGGCGCUCCAACAUCAGACUAUUAUCAAGAGUGUUUGUUCCCUGGGUUUAUGUCAGGGGGUACAUGACAAUAACAUUCAUGUGCUUAAUAAUCAAUUAUAAUAUCAAUAACGUUAAGUUUUAUGCUGCUAAUUGCACCCAUAUUCAAGAGCUCCCAUUGAUCAUCAUGAUCGCUUGUUUCGUCUUGAUUUUGACAAGUAGAUUAAUCACCAAGACCUAUUUGGAUCCGAAGCCCAACAACAGGUUUGUUGGAGUUACUGUUGCUGCAGUGGUUCUAUUUAUCUCUGUCGGUAUCCUAGCGAUGGUAAUGUAUUUGAUGAUCCUGAAGAUAUUAUUAUUGAAAACCUUCACUUACGGGAGCAAGAAUGCUGAGCUUCGAUUCCAAAUUGGUAUUGCAAUGUUGGCCAAUCUUGCAGCACUUGGGGAAGUUGUACUCGAAGCAAUGAUCUUAUACACCGUGCUGACAAAAGAACAAAAUAUCACAUCAAUGACUGAGUCUGUAGAUGGGCUUUAUAACCAAUAG